AUGACGCCAGAAUUCGAAACACUCGCCGACUCGGCGGAGAAUGAGCGGGGCCCGAGCCGUUCCUAUCGUGCGAUAAGUUCGCGCUGGUAUAAGCUUUACUGCCGAUGCAAGGGUAACCGCGUGUCACAGGAAUCGGAGUCACUGAGCGUGAAGGUGGGUUGUGACGUGCAGGAGGAGAAACAGUCGGGCGAGACGAAUCGCAUCAAGUCGACCAAAUAUACGCUGCUUACCUUCCUGCCGCUCAACCUGUUUGAGCAGUUUCGCCGUAUCGCUAACCUGUACUUCCUGUUCAUGACCGUCAUAUCGAUAGUGAUAGAUAGUCCGGUCUCGCCGAUGACGUCCCUGGUGCCGCUAGUGUUUGUGAUCGCGGUUACGGCGGCAAAGCAAGGUUACGAAAGCUUUCUGCGCUAUCGGGCGGAUAAUAUGGUGAACUUCUCGCCGGUGACGGUGAUCCGGAGCGGCGAAACGAUAGACAUCCGGUGCCAGGACAUUCGCCGCGGUGACCUUGUGCUGAUGUCGCGGGACUGCGACAUACCGUGCGAUAUCGUGCUGCUGCAGAGCUCGGACGAGUAUGGCCGGUGUUACGUGACCACCGCCAACCUGGACGGUGAGACAAACCUGAAGACUAUGGCUGCGCCCAAGGGUGUGCCGAGUGUGCCACCGGAGCGGCUCCACACGGUUGGGCGGAUCGAGUACGAGCGGCCCCACACCGAUCUGUACAGCUUCAAUGGGCGCAUCGAGCUGGCGGAAAUGCAUGUGCAUGGUGGUGAGCACAGUGUCCUACCGCUGGCAGCCGAAAAUCUGCUACUGCGGGGCAGUCGCAUCCGCAACACCGAGUGGGCCAUCGGGUGUGCCGUAUAUACCGGACAGCAGACCAAGCUGGCCCUUAACAGCCGCAUGACCACGAGCAAGAUGAGCUCCAGCGAGCGAUACGUCAACAAGUAUCUGGUAUUCUUUCUGGUGCUGUUGGUCGUCAUCGUCACGGUGAGCUACUUCCUCAAGCGGUACAACGAUGAGUAUCGGAUGGAGCACAACCUUUACCUUGGGGAGAUACUGUCGAACUAUCGCGUAUCGCAGUUUCUGCAGGACUACUUCUCGUUUCUUAUACUGUUCAACUAUCUGAUACCGAUCUCGCUGUACGUGACGAUCGAGAUGGCCAAGUUUCUCGGCGGCUUCUAUCUCGAGUGGGAUCCGGACCUGUACGACGAGGAGACGGACCAACCGUGCAUCGUCAACACCUCGGACAUCAACGAAGAGCUCGGCCAGGUGUCGUUGCUGUUCUCCGACAAAACUGGUACGCUCACGAAGAACAUUAUGAUAUUCCAACAGUGCUCAAUCAGUGGGCGCCAGUACGAGCAGAAAGGGCGUCGCCUGCAAGAGGUCGGUCGGCAGCGUGCAUUAAAAAUCAACGAGCUGACGAGUCAGGUGUAUGAUUUCUUCCAAGCGUUAGCCGUGUGUCACACGGUACAGGUAGCCGGUAACUACACAAAAGAAGCGGAAGAAGAGAGAAGAAACGAACCGAUAAAGGAAGAAGGAAGUGAAGUGCUGCUGGAGGAAUCGUUGACCACCGGAGAUACAACCCCUGACGUAGCAUCGGUAUCAACUGCUCCCGUACUGGAUAGCCAACAGAUCGCGAAACCGGAUAGCCAACUAACACCGAAUGCAUCACGUCCCCAGAGCAUGUACGAGACGCAGGAGACUAGCUUCAUGGUGCAGCCGAACCAUUUCGGCAGCAACGGUAACCUGCAACUGCCGGAGAUGCAGCCCGAGUUGAAGCGCACCAUAUCGGCGUACGAGGAGAAACCGACCAUGCUGCCGUUUGGCGAUACGAAGCCGCUCGGCCAUCGGCGCACCCAGUCGCACGUACCGUUCAGUGUGAAUCGUCCAAAGAGCUACCAUAUAGCCAUUAACGGUACCGGGGCGGUACCCCGACCGGUGGUGACGUUGCGCCGUAACCGUGGCUCCUAUCUGUCCCGUUCGAUCCGGGAGUCGUACGCAGCACCGGCGUACAACGAAUCCGCUCUCAUACAGCGACAGGAGUCGCAUCUGCGGCAGCGGGAAGUCGACUCAUUCAUACGCAAGAUGGACUAUCAAGCAUCGAGCCCGGACGAGAAAGCGUUGGUGGAGGCGUGUGCACGUAUGGGUUUGGUGUACGUCGGGGAGGAUGGGGACAAGAUGCAGAUCAAGUUGCGCCGGUCGUGCGUGCGCCCCAAUGCGCGGUCGCGGCUCGGUGAGAUACCGGACGAGGAGUUGGUACAGUACGAGCGGCUGGCCGUGCUGGAAUUUACCUCCGACCGGAAGCGAAUGAGCAUCAUCGUGAGGGACACGUACGGCCAGAUCUGGCUGUACACCAAGGGUGCCGAAAGUCAUGUCCUGCCACUGUGCGCCGACUCACCGCUCAUCGAGACGACCCAGCGCCAUAUUGACGAGUUUGCGAGGCUAGGUUUGCGUACGCUUGCUGUUGCCCGACGGCGGCUGUCGGAGCAGGAGUUCCGCACGUUCAGCGAUGAGCUGAUCGAGGCCGGCAGUUCGUUGGUUGAUCGGGUAGAACUGGUAGCCGCAUGCCAGAGCCGCAUCGAGCGGAAUUUGGAGCUGCUCGGUGCAACGGCCGUAGAGGAUGCCUUGCAGGACGAUGUGCAGAGUACGCUGCAGGCACUCGGGGCCGCUGGCAUCCGGGUGUGGGUACUGACCGGUGACAAGGUGGAGACUGCACUGAACAUUGCCGUGAGCUGCGGCCACAUACCGGACGGUGCGGCCCGCUACUUUAUCACCGACUGUCGCACGCCGGAGCAGUUGCAGCAGCAUCUCGACACGCUGGCGCUGGAGAUGUUCCGCGAGCGUGACAAACCCUUUUCGCUGCUGAUUGACGGUGCCAGUCUGGCGAUCGCACUCGAAUCCCACGGCGAUCAGUUCCGCGAUAUCAGUGAGCGGUGUCGAGCGGUACUGUGCUGUCGGUUGAGUCCGCUGCAGAAGUGUAAAGUGGUGCAGCUCAUGAAGACGGCAGAGAGUGCGCCGGUAACGGCAGCGAUCGGGGACGGUGCUAAUGACGUGUCGAUGAUCCAGGAGGCACACGUCGGUUUGGGCAUUGUCGGUCGCGAAGGUCGACAGGCAGCCCGGUGUGCCGAUUACGCGUUUGCGAAGUUCUGCAUGCUGAAGAAGCUGUUGCUGGUGCACGGUCACUACUUCAGUACGCGGCUUGCCGUGCUGGUGCUGUACUUCUUCUACAAAAACCUCGUGUUCAUGGGCAUACAGCUGUACUUCCAGAUACACAGUCUCUUCUCCAACCAGUCGGUGUACGAUUCGGUGUUUCUCACCCUCUACAACGUUGUGUACACCGCCAUCCCGGUGCUGGUGUUGGCGCUUACCGAAAAACCCUACCAAGAGCAGACGCUACUUAAAAUGCCCUCGCUUUAUCAGAAGGUGGCAGGAAAUAAGCAAUACGCGUGGAAAUACUUUAUCGGCUGGAUGGUGCUCGGUAUCUAUCACUUCUCGAUCAUCUAUUUCUUCACGUACGCUGAGUUUAUCGAAAAUCCGGCGGUGUACGCGUACUGGCCGGCUACCGUUAGCUUCCCGUGCUUCGGCACAAUACUCAUACACAACGUGGUUGUGCUCGUCAAUCUGAAGCUGCUGAUUGAAUCGAUCUACAAAUCAUACGUUUUUAUCGCCACCGUCCUGCUGUCAAUCUUUGCCUUCAUGGGAUCCACCUUUGUAUAUAACCUGCUGGACAUCAAUUACGACCAAUCCAUGCUGCACGUCUACAACAACCUGCUGUCGUCGUUGACGUUCUGGGCACUCAGCAUUGUGAUACUGAUAGCGGCCUUUCUGCCGGACAUGACGAUGCUAGCGAUACGGGCAAUGGAGAUCAAGCUCGGGCACAUCUUUCCGGGCGGUGCCAAGUACCGGCGUGCACUGUUCCAACGGCGUGGGGAACAGCUGCAGUCAACUGAUCUUUAA